AUGCCCAAAAUCGGUAGUAGUAGACCCCGCACCUCGAGAACGCGCACCGAAGAGCAGCGCCAGAAGGACCUCGAGCGCAUCAAGGACUACCGCGCUCUUGAGGACCAGGUGCGCCAUCACGCCGCAAAGAACGACUACUCCCCCGACGUCUUCGCCCUCACCUCCAAGCUCCUGCGCCUCAACCCCGAGUACUACACAGUAUGGAACGUCCGCAGGCGCUGCCUAAUCUCUGGAUUAUUGUCCAAACCCUCGCCUGGCUCCUCGCCCUCGAAGGUGUUGCCGACUUCUUCUCCGACCGCCACUACCACAACCUCUUCCGCCGACUUCUCCUCCUCUUUGUCGACCGAGAUCCCGCCCGCCCCCGAGUCCCAGACAACUGGGAAGAGUGGUACAACAGCUGAGGAGGACGAGGAACAGAAGCAGCAGACGCGACAGCAGGAUCAGCAAAACGACCAACAAAUACUCCAGAAGGAACUACACUUUACCAUUCCACUCCUCCUCGAAUCGCCAAAAUGCUACUGGAUUUGGAGCUACCGGCUGUGGAUCCUCAAGCAGGUGAUUGAAAGACUGCCGGUCCCUGUGGCGCGAAACAUUUGGGAGGAAGAACUGGGUCUGACCUCCAAGAUGCUCCUGCGAGACCAGCGCAACUUUCACGCCUGGGGAUACAGGCGGCACGUGGUUGAGCAGCUGGAGAGUCCAGAGUUGGAAGGCAAGAGUCUUGUCGAGUCAGAGUUUGAGUUCACGACCAAGAAGAUAUCACAGAACCUCUCCAACUUUUCGGCCUGGGACUCGCGAAGCAAACUCAUCCCGCGGUUGCUGGACGAGAGAAACGCAAAUGAUGAGGCGCGGAAGGCUUUCUUUGAAGAAGAACUCAACAAAAUAGGAGAAGCAAUCAAUGUCGGCCCCGACGACCAAUCCCUUUGGUACUACCACCAAUUCCUCAUGCUGAACCUAGUCAACUCCGUCGAGCACCCGACCAUCGCCCCCGCCUUCACGCAAGAGGAGCGCGUCACGUACCUGCGCCGCGAAAUCGAGAGCAUCCAGGAGCUGUUGGAAGAUUAUGACGACGCCAAGUUGAUUUAUGAGGCCUUGUUCGACUAUACCCUUUAUCUCUGUCAGCUGCAGGGGAGAAAGCCGAAUGAGCAGGAAGAGAAGGACCUGAAGGGCUGGUUGGGAAACUUGAAGAAGCUGGAUCCGAUGCGGAGUGGGAGGUGGGCGGAUUUGGAGAGGGAUUUCGGGUUGAAAGAGUAAGGUGUGUGUGUGUGUACAAUUUGUGUGUGUACUUGUUCAAUACUCGUGUGCAAUAAGCUCAUAUUUCCGAACCUUAUGCAAUCCCCAGCCUUCCUGAUGCCGG